AUGAGAACGUUUCUGUUGACAGACAAGAGUGACGUGUACAACUAUGGGGAGGUACUGCAGGAACUACUCAGUGGCAAGUUUGCGAUUCAUGAGAAGCAGCCUCCCGCAUAUUGGGAGUACCUAAUGAACAGUGAGCGUUUGGUGGAGCUGCUGGAUCCAUCACUGAGCAGCGACUACGACCUGUAUGACACACAGAUUUUGUGUGACAUUGCCAGGAGCUACGUGCAGGUGAGAGGCAGUGACUACGACCUGCAUGAGGCGCAUGUGAAUGAGGGACCGCUCGAUGGACCGGUCGGCCAUCAAGGACGUGGCAUAGGCGUUUCUGGAGCAUCUGGGGCACGUGGUGGUGAUGGCCUCCUCAAGCGCCUCCUCGAAAUGCAGCUAGGGCUACUCCUGUUGACCACAACCAUGCUUCGCAACAACCAGCCCGCCCGACACCUCAGGCAGCUACACGACGAAUUUGCCGAGGAAUUUGCUUGCUGGUGGCCCUGCAAACGGCGGUGCGGGUGGGAGGUGGGGGAGGAGUUCACAUUCCGGAAUUGCCAGUCACAGCCGAUCAUCAUUGCACGUGCGGGUGGGGGAGGGGAGGGGAGUGGGAGGACGAGGGAGGGGAGGGGAAUGGGUAGGAUGGGGGAGGGGAGGGGAGUGGGGAGGACGGGGGAGGGGAAGGGAGUGGGGAGGAUGGGGGAGGGGAAGGGGAUGGGGGAGCGGGGAGCGUGUAGUUGUCAACGGGUAUGCAUGACAACAUGUCUCCUGUGCCCAUUGGGGCGCAUGAGGGCACCGUGCAAAGGGGCUUGA